GCGGCAUAUCGCACUGAACGGGUGUUUUGUUUACCUUUUAUAUUUUUUGCAAAUUGCGGACUCCAACUUGCGUUAUCAGAAACAAAUUUAUUAUAAAGAAUGUUUGAAGUUGAGUCAAUAAUAGUUGAUCAUAAAGACGUUAUACAUGAUGUGGUAUUCGAUUAUUAUGGUCGGAGAAUGGCAACAUGUUCCAGUGACCAAACAGUGAAGAUAUGGGACGAAAAUGAACAAGGCGAAUGGGCUGUUACCUCCAGUUGGAAGGCUCACUCGGGUUCAAUAUGGCGUGUUUCAUGGGCUCAUCCCGAGUUUGGACAAGUCUUGGCCACGUGCUCUUUUGACCGGACUGCAUCGGUAUGGGAAGAAGUAUUGGGGGAAAAGGUUGGCGGCACUAUGACACCAGCACGUCGUUGGGUUAAACGUACUAUAUUGGUCGAUUCACGUACCAGUGUAACUGAUGUAGAAUUUGCGCCAAAAUAUUUGGGCUUGUUGCUGGCAACUGCGUCUGCUGAUGGAGUCAUUCGUAUCUAUGAAGCACCCGACAUUAUGAAUUUGAGUCAAUGGUCUGUACAACAUGAAAUUACCAACAAGCUGCCGUUGAGUUGUCUAUCUUGGAACACUUCAAUGUAUAUGUUGUCAUCACAAUUGUUGGCUGCUGGCAGCGACGAAACGGCCACAGCUACCGGUAAGGUCUUCAUUUUUGCCUAUAGUGAAAAUGCCAGGAAAUGUGUUAAGGUCGAUACAAUUAAUGACAUUACUGAUCCAGUCACUGAUUUGGCAUUCGCUCCCAAUGCAGGCCGAAGUUUCCAUAUGCUAGCUGUAGCCAGUAAAGACUUGUAUAUUGUUAAUAUCAGAGGGACAAGUGAUGCUACCGGCACCUCCAAAUUGGAUAUACAAACCGUUAAACACACCGAUCACAAUUGCCCAGUAUGGCGUGUCUGUUGGAAUAUGUUUGCCACCAUGUUGAUAUCAACCGGCGAUGAUGGCUGUGUGCGGAUAUGGAGAAUGAACUAUAGUAAAAAAUGGAAAUGUGCCGCUGAACUUAAAGCUGACGGUUCAGGUCCCUCAUAUGAACCGACAUUGAAUUCACCCAGUCUUCCAAGUUCAGCAGCAACUACAGCAAAAUAUUAUAAAAAGGGAAUAAUAAGUAAUCCCAAUCAAGUGCCAUGGCAUUGAACAAAAUGAAUCAAUGUUAAUUCCCUGGUAGGCAUGGGGGAGAAUAAAUGUAUUCCUAGGUUUUGUUUUAACUAUUUUUUUUUGUAAUAAAAGCCACGAUUUUGAAAAAAAAAAAA